UGUUUGCAGGGGGCUUGUUCUCCGGGCAUAUCGGGGGCUGUCUUUGCUGGUGGUGCGGCGAGUGGAGGUGAUCCCCCUCAAAGACGAGUUAUUUUGGAUAUCCCCGUACAAGUUUUCUGAUGUAUUCGUUUGCACCUUCUUCCCUUGCUGUUUGGUGAAUCCAGCCCCCCUUUCCCCCCCCCACCCCCACCGGUCUCCCAAGGAUGGAUCAUUCCCAGUGCCUUGUGACUAUAUACGCCUUGGUGGUUCUGCUGGGUCUCCGGCUAGAGCAGGGCGCCUGCCAGCACUAUCUGCACAUCCGACCGGCUCCCAGCGACAACUUGCCGUUGGUGGAUCUAAUCGAGCACCCGGACCCUAUCUUUGACCCCAAGGAGAAGGAUCUUAACGAGACCUUGCUAAGGAACCUCAUGGGCGGACACUUCGACCCCAACUUUAUGGCUGUUUCCUUGCCCGAGGACCGGCUCGGAGUGGACGAUCUAGCUGAGCUGGACUUGCUGCUCAGGCAGAGACCCUCGGGAGCGAUGCCCAGCGAAAUCAAAGGGCUGGAGUUCUACGACGGGCUGCAGCCGGGCAAGAAGCACCGGCUGAGCAAGAAGCUGCGCAGGAAGCUGCAGAUGUGGCUUUGGUCCCAGACCUUCUGCCCGGUCCUAUACACGUGGAACGAUCUCGGCAGCCGCUUUUGGCCCCGGUAUGUCAAAGUGGGCAGCUGCUACAGUAAAAGGUCUUGUUCAGUCCCCGAAGGCAUGGUUUGCAAACCUGCCAAGUCCGUGCAUUUAACGAUCCUGAGGUGGCGGUGCCAGCGCCGGGGCGGGCAGAGAUGCACAUGGAUACCCAUCCAGUACCCCAUCAUUUCGGAGUGUAAGUGCUCCUGCUAGGGCUGGCACUUCCCUCCGCGCCCCUUCUCCAUCGGACUCACGUGGACCUUUGCUGCAACAGAAAUAAAAGACAUUUGCUUUCUGGUUAACGUUGUAAUGCACUGUAACGUGUAGGAGAAUGUAUAUUGUGUGUAUAUAUGGCACCGGUUUAAUAUACUAUUAAAAGGUCAGUAUUAUACGUGAAAUAAUCAGCGUCUACUGUAUUUUCAAGACUAUU